AUGAUGGAAGAGCUCAAUAAUGAAGUGCAGAUGGUGAGGAAUAACACCGUGAACGCGAAGUCCAAGAGUGUCUAUCUUUAUGGAAUUAUUAAGUACGUCCUGUGGCUCCACGACCACAAGCCUGGAGUAGUUGAGCCUAGUUUACGGGCCCUUUUGGACACAGUCGCUACGGAUGACACUACUGAGGCAUACAAACAGAAACAGAGCCAUGUGAAGCUUUACGUGGAGUCUGAUCGUAGAGAACCGCCUUUGGAUCUAGUGGAUUCUAAUGUGCAUGAUUUCGAGUGCUUUUUGAUGUCACUUCGGAAAAAGGACGGCAAGAAACCAGGAAAGUCGCUGUAUGGAUCAAUGAGAUCCAGUAUUUUCCAUUUGUAUCGGUUGUACGACGUGCAGAUGCCAGAAAACUACGACAACGAGCUAAGGAAGUUCUUUAAGGGCUUAAAGCGCAGCGUGGUUCGCCGUCAGCAGGAAAGUGGUGACAGCCUUGUCGAAGGAAAGAUGAAUUUUCAAUUUUCAUUUUACCACAAAUUGUGCAAGGCAAUGCCUGACAACUCCGUUUCGAUCCGAUACGAGCAUCUCGAGUGGGAUGAAGACUCGUUAGCUAUAUGGUUCGGGCACAUGAAAAACGACCAAGAGGGGGAUCGUCAGCGUGAUCCCCGUCACCUUUACGCCAACCCCAUGCAGCCUGACAUAUACCCUAUUUAUCACUUGCAAUUUACUUUGCAGUACUCGGAUUUAGCUGGAGCUCGCUAUUGUUUCCCGGUCGGAACCAAUACGACAGAUACAGCCGAAACUUAA